AUGGACGCAGCGCAGAUUAUAAGCGAAAACGCUUCUUUCCUCUACGGUCAUGAGCAGCAGUACCAGGUGAUCAUUCUUCCAACAUGCACAUGCGAAAAGGGAUUUAGGGCUCUCCUCAUCGCUAAGUCCAGUGAGGCUGGUCAAGUAGUUAUUGCUGUCAAUGAUGGCGCUGUGUUCCAUGGCGAUACCGUCGUUGGAGGUUUGCGACGUGCAAAUUCGGCUGGACUCAAAGACGGCGAUACCUUUGUCACCAAGUACAAGAACGGUCGCACUACCAUUCGUGUCAAACAUCCCGACGGAACAAGGUCGAAGAAGACUAUCAAGACUGGGGAUAUCAAGAGAACAGUUCCAGCCUGUGGUGCGACUCCUUCGAACGGAAGCGAUGCUACGUGCUGUGAGAAAGAGCGUGAGAGGCUAGAGUACGAGAGUCAGAAAAGGGAGGUCGAAAGACAUAACAAAAAGAUUGAUAAGCAGUUGAAAGAUGCUGCGAAGCAGUUGGAUGCUCCUGAGAAGGAGUGGGAUGCUUCUGAGAAGGAGUGGAAUGAUGCAAAGAAGUUCGAAGAUGAAGACAAGAGAAGGUGCUGUGUCGUCAUGUAA